UACAAGAAAGAACCAAAAAAAAAGCAACCAAAACUACUCAGGAUGGCAAACAACAAACGCACUGCGGCUGGCGACAGAAACAAACGUAUUCAAGUGGAACGGCGCAGGGGCUCGGUGGUGGAGAAAAUCGAGGGCACAGCUAGUCAGAUUGCCAGAUACGAUAACCAUUCAAAUGAAUAUAUGGCCGCAACAAAAGGCACCACUGGUGGAACUGGCAGUCGGGGAACAAGAACGGCUUCGAGUUUCAAAGCAGCUCUGCGAAGUGGCGUCGGCAAACUUCUUGCCUCUGGUCUUAAUUUGCUGCAGGGUGCUGCCAUCGUGGCCGCAAAAAUUGGAGUGGAUGCCGCAAACAAAAUAGGUAGUUCGUCAAAACUGUUUUGUGAUGUCAUUGACACUACAUUAUCGUAUCACUAUUGA